AUUCUAUACACGGAACCAGAAUACAAAUGAGAAUGCAUCAGAAUAUAUUGCACAGUUGCGUAAGAAGACUGUCACAUGAUCCAGUCCUCCACAAAUACAGACAGCAGCAGCAUAAGUUCAAACACUGCAACAAGUACAAAUCAAAGUCCUUCAGCAGAACCCAUGGAUAUUAAUGCAGUACAGACCAAGACAAACAUACGACUAUGUUAUCGGUGUGGGGAUCGUCAUGGUGGUGAAUGCAGAUUUAUUAACGCCACUUGCCGAUUCUGCAAGAAAAUUGGUCACAUUGAGAAGAUUUGCUUAUUAAAAAAGAAGUCUAAGAAGAACAUUAAUUUCACGGAUGAGGAAAUACCUACACACUUGAAUGGUAUCUACAGUAUGCAAUGUGAAACAAAAGUAGCACCAUUUGUGAUUGAAGUUAUAUUGGAAGGCAUACCUGUAAUACUUCAGGUGGACACAGGUGCAAGUUUCUCAAUAGUGAAUGAACACACUUGGAAGAAGAUUGAGCAUCAAAACCGACACAUCAUUCUUCAACCAGUAUCACUUACUUUACGCACAUGGACAGAUACGCCUGUCAUGUUACUCGGCCAAACUAACUUACAAGUUCAAUACAAAGACAUCAAAUGUACCUUAAAUGUGAUUGUAGCAAAAGGGUGCGGUCCCAAUCUUCUGGGACGGGACUGGUUGACUCCGUUGAAUAUUGCACUAAACAUUAAUUUUAUGUCAAAUAGUGAUCUUAUGAACAUUGACAAGACAAUUUCUAAAUACAGUGACAUCUUCAGAGAUGGACUUGGCACAUUUACUGGAGAUCCUAUUACUAUACAUCUAAAACCUGGUGCUACACCUAGAUUUUUAAAAGCUCGUCCUGUACCGUACGCUAUCAAAGCUAAAGUUGAAAAGGAGAUUGACCGCCUGGUGGCAGAGGGUGUACUACAGCCAUUGUCCUUCUCCGAGUGGGCGACACCUGUUGUGCCUAUAUUGAAGAAGUCAGGAGAUGUCCGAUUGUGUGGAGAUUAUCGCAGUACUGUCAACCAAGCUACAGAAUCAGACACGUACCCUAUGCCAUCAGCAAAUGAGAUAUUUGCUACAGUUGCAGGAGCAAAGUUUUUUACAACCUUAGAUCUUGAUCGAGCAUACACUCAAGUAAAAGUUAGUGACAGAACAUCAAAAAUAUUAACUUUAAACACUUGCAAGGGUCUUUACUCAGUCCAUCGGUUACCUUUUGGAGUCAAAGCUUGCCCUGGAAUUUUCCAGAGAUUAAUGACAGCACUGCUAGCAGGAAUUCAAGGAGUCGCGGUUUUAAUUGAUGACAUUAUUGUGAGUGGUCAGACAAUGCUUGAUAUGCAACAACGACUCGAAGCGGUUCUAAAUCGUAUACAGAAGGCUGGAUUUCGCCUCAACAAGACCAAAUGUAAAUUCGCUCAGGAGAAAGUUGAAUUUUUAGGUUUUGUGAUCAAUGGAGAAGGAAUACAUCCCGCUCCGAGCAAAGUUGAAGCCGUCUUGAAAACACCAGAACCUAAAAGUGUACAAGAAUUACAAGCGUUUUUAGGAUUAUACAAUUUCUAUGAAAGGUUUAUACCUCACAAAGCAACUUUACUUGAGCCGUUGCACAGACUUCUUGAUAAAUCUCAACCAUGGCAGUGGACUAGACGUGAACAAGAAGCUUUUAAUAAAGCCAAACAAAUGCUUACAUUUGACACUACUCUAGUUCAUUAUGAUUUGGAUAAACCGCUAAUACUCACAUGUGAUAGUUCAGAAUUUGGCGUAGGGGCAGUGUUAUCACAUGUGAUGGACGACGGACAGGAACGUCCGAUCGCAAUGAGCUCUAGGACGUUGAAUAUACAUGAACGUCGGUAUUCACAAUUGGACAAGGAAGCUACUGCAAUUAUGUUCGGCAUUAAAAAGUUCCACAACUAUUUGGCUGGGAGGCCUUUUACGGUAAUAACUGACCACAAACCGUUGCUUGGAAUUUUCGAUCCAAAAAGACCUAUGCCAUCUAUUUUAUCGCCCCGUUUGACAAGAAUCGCUAUAGCAUUAACGGCACACGAUUAUAAUAUCGCUUAUCGACCAGGAACUCAAAUCGGUAAUGCAGACAGUUUAAGUAGAUGGCCUCUACCAGUGCCUGAGCAAGAGGAAGAACCUCUUUAUGAAGUACUUCUAAUGGCAGAAAAACUAGAAGAUUUUCCUUGCUCUGCUCAUGAGAUAGCAUCUAAAACUAAAAAGGACCAAACACUCUCACGAGUUGUUCACUUUCUACAGUGUGGAUGGCCCAACAAAGUUACAGAUAGAAAUCUACGAAUCUAUUGGCUACAUAGAACAGAAUUGUCAUUACAAGAUGGCUGUGUACUACUUGGAUGUCGUGUCGUCAUACCACAGCCUCUUCGACAAAGCAUCCUACGCAUGCUGCACACCACACAUAGUGGAAUUGUUCACACAAAGGCACUGGCCAGGAGUUAUGUGUGGUGGCCACAAUUGAAUGAUGACAUAAAUGAAUUAGUCAGCAAUUGCACUAGGUGUUUAGAAAAUAGACAUAUGCCUCCAAAAUCUUCACACGAGUGGGUCAUCCCUUCAAGGCCAUGGUCUAGAAUUCAUAUAGACUUUGCAGGACCAUUUAUGAAUAAAACCUUUUUUAUAGUCGUCGAUGCUUUUUCCAGAUGGCCAGAAGUUUUAACGGUAAACAACACAAAUUCCACAACAGUGAUUCACCAUUUAAGGAAUUUGUUUGCUACUCAUGGCAUAUGCGAAACCUUGGUAUCUGACAACGGCACUUCUUUUGUAUCCAGUGAAAUGAAGUCGUUUUUGGAAUCCAACAAAAUAAAACAUGUGACGUCCGCACCAUACCAUCCGGCCACUAACGGUUUGGCAGAGCGCAUGGUACAGACAGUAAAGGAAAAGUUACGGAAGAUGGAGGGACCAUGGGAAAUUAAAAUCCCGAACAUGUUGUUAGGCCUACGGGUUACUCCAUGCUCCACAACAAAGAAAAGUCCUUCCGAACUUUUGAUGAAUAGACGCCUUCGCACACUCAUGGAUACGCUACAUCCUGAUAAUAUACAACAUAAGAAAGUAGAAGCUCAAAUCAUAAGUAAUGCUCAACAGAAAAACAGAGAGACUAAUGUGGGACAAAGAGUCAUGUACAGAAAUUACACAAACGGACCGAGAUGGUUACCAGGUCAAGUUGUUGAGAAAGGUGGCCCUUCCAGCUACAGAGUGCAAGCCGAAGAUGGUGCAGUUUUAAGGCGUCAUAUGGAUCAAAUCAUUAAAAUAAAAAAUACAGAGGAAACAACUGAAACUCACGAUAGAACUGAUGAAGAAAAAGAUAAUAGUUUAGAAGGAGAGAUAGAAAAUGAUCCUAUCAUUGAAAUGCCAAGCUCUGAGAGAUGGGAAGGAGAGAUAGAAAAUGAUCCUAUCAUUGAAAUACCCAGCUCUGAGAGAUGGGAAGAGAUAUUAGGAAUACCUAAAUCAGCAGAAAUAGACAUACCGGGGGGGAAAAUUAAAACUAAACGUAAUUUCCAUAAGAAGGUUCCAUAUUCUAGGCCAAGUGGUUCUAAUGAAAAUAUUGAUUUGAAUUUUGAAUGAUUGAUCUGAUUAUUGUAAACUGUUAAACUUUAAUUAAUUUGUAUUACUUACUUAGGGGGAAGGUAUGUCAUAUAUGGAAUCUACACCAUUUGUUUACCUUUUUGUAAAAAAGAUCAAUACAAGUAGGUAGAUAAAAAACAUGUAAUAUAAUUAGUAUGUGUCAUGUGCUACCAAGCUCAAUAAACGUGUUU